CACUGGGUCGGGCUGGGAGCACUGGGUCAGACUGGGAGUGCUGGGCUGGGAGCACUGGGUCGGGCUGGGAGCACUGGGUCAGACUGGGAGCACUGGGCUGGACUGGGAGUCCUGGACUGGGAGCACUGGGUCAGAGUGGGAACAGUGGGCUGGACUGGGGUUGCUGGGCUGGGGGCGCUAGGUCAGACUGGGGGUGCUAGGCUGAACUGGGAGUACUGGGCCAGACUGGGAGUACUGGGCUGGGGGCACUGGGCUGUACUGGGAGCGCUGAACACGUGCAAGGUGACAUCGUUCAGGCGCUGCGAUCCAGGCCCUCGGCGCAGCCCGUUGCCGUAAACCUGCCGGAGGACAAAGUUCCCCCUCCGCCCCGGGUGCCAACCGUCCCCCCCCCCGGCCGCCAUCCCGCCGCCCCGUCCCGCACCCGCUCCCGCCCCGGCUGAGACCUGCCGAACUCACCGCAUCCCAGGCGCCGCGUUGGGGCGGCUCCGCGGGGACGCCCGGAUGCUCCUUCCCACCCCAUCCCCGCCACCGGCGGCGCCUCCCCGGCCACCCCGGCUGCCACCCCGGCGGCCAUGCGGCCCCCGGCCACCACCCGGCGGGUUUGGUGCCUGGUGCUGCUGGCGCUGGCGGGGGACGCGGCGCGGCCGCCGUGCCACAUCGACGCCGGCAACGGGACGGGGCUGUGCAAGGGGCAGGGCCUGGCGCAGGUGCCCAGCGGCCUCCCCGGCGGCCUGCGCAGCCUCGACCUCUCCUACAACAAGCUCCGGGAGAUCACGGCGGGCGACUUCGCCGGCAUGACCCAGCUACGGCGCUUGGAUUUGGGCUACAACAACAUCUCCCGCAUCGCGCCGGACGCUUUCCUCUCCAACCUCCUCUUGGAGCACCUCCAGCUCUUCAACAACUCCCUCCGCCACAUCCCAGCGCCGGCGUUGCGACCCUUGGUCAACCUCCGUUGGUUGGACAUGUCCAACAACCUCUACCGCAGCGCGGCCUUGGACGGCGCCUUCGGCAGGCUGCGGCAGCUGCGGGAGCUGUCGCUGGGGGGGCCGCUGCUGCGGGACAUCUCCUGGGGGGACUUCGCCGUCUUGAAGGACACGGCGCUGCAGAAGUUCGCCAUCAAAUCGGCCUCCAGCCUGCGCUGGUACGAAGCCGGGGCUUUCUCGUGGUUGAACACCACAGAGCUGUGGUGUGACGUGGCCUUGGACGAGAACGCGACGGCUCUGCCGGUGAUGCUGCGGGACCUGCGGGACAAACCUCUCGACUACCUGCGCUUCCGUAACCUCUUCGAGUUCACCUACUACACUGGCAACGCCGAUCCCUUCGUCGGCUUGGCCGAGUUGCGGAUCACCAAGUUGGUCUUCUACCGGGGCAAGUUCAACGAGAACCUCCUCCGCUUUGCCCUGCUCAACGUCCAACGCUCCAGCGUCCGUGACUUGGCGCUGGUGGCCAUCGACUUUGCCCGCUCGCCGCGGUGGAACAGCUCCGGUGUGGGGGCGGCCACCCCGCGCCUCGACCGCCUCUUGCUGCAGGACAUCAGCAACCCCGACAUCCUGCGUUUCGACUGGACCUUCACCUGGUUGAGCGGCGUGGCCGCCCUCUCCAUCAUCAACGUCAACUUCAACUACGUCCCCUGUGACGUUUGGAGUGAGUUGCGUAACGUGGAGGCCUUGGACAUCUCCAGCAACCGUCUGGAAGAUGGUUAUAUCUACAACCAGCGUUGCCACUACCAGGGCGUCAUGCCCAAGCUGGAGAGCUUCAUCUUGGCCACCAACCAGCUCCUGAGCCUGGCUGUGGUGGCCGCCUUGACGCGGACCUGGCCACGGCUCACCCGCCUCGACGCCAGCCACAACGCCUUGGGCAGCCUGCAGGAGACGUGCCAAUGGAGUCACACCUUGCGUUGGCUGGCCCUCCACCACAACCGUGUGACGGUGAGCACCUUCGGGUGCCUGCCCACCACCCUGGAGUACCUGGACCUCUCCUACUCCCAACUCGACCGCUUGGACAUGGGCUACUUCACCCGAAGCCCCCGGCUCCAGGAGCUGCGGUUGAGUGGCAACAAGAUCAAGUUCAUCCCCUCCGAGUGGAGAUGCCCCCGUUUGGAGGUGCUGGCCAUCGAUGGCAACUCCUUUGGCGUCAUCAACCGCGGCUCCUUCGUCAACAUGCCGCGGCUCGUUAGCCUGGCGGCCGGCAACAACCCCUACCACUGCACCUGCGACCUCUACCUCUUCCUGGAGGAGACACGGCAACGGGGACGCCCCACCUUGGCCGACUGGCCCCACAACUGGACCUGCUACCACCCCGAGCCGCUGCUGGAUACAGCCGUGGCCUCCUACACCCCACGUCCCUUGGAAUGCAACGUGCCGGCUCUGGUGGCCGUGGCGGUGGCCAGCACGGCAGUGGUGGUGGCGGCGUGCGCCGUGCUCUGCUGGAAGCUGGACGCUGGUUGGUACCUCCGCGCCACGUACCGGUUGGUGCGCUCCAAGUACGGCAGGCGGCGGGUGGGCACCACGCGGCGAUGCUCCUACCACGCCUUCAUCUCCUACAGCUGCGCCGACGCCGGCUGGGUUCGCCGGGAGCUUCUGCAGCGGUUGGAGAGCACCAGGCCACCUUACCGGCUCUGCAUCCACGAGCGGGACUUCACGCCGGGCCGUUGGAUCAUCGACAACAUCGUGGAGAACAUCGAGAGGAGCGCCAAGGUCAUCUUCGUCCUCUCCCGCAGCUUCGUCGACAGCGAGUGGUGCAACUACGAGCUCUACUUCGCCCACCAGCGCGCCGUGGGGCUGGGCAGCGAGGACGUCAUCCUGGUGGUGAAGGAACCCAUCGACGCUCGGGGUUUGCCCCGGCGUUUCGCCCGGCUCCGGAAGAUGUUGGGUAGCAAAACCUACCUGGAGUGGCCCCAUGAGCCCGGGAGACGCCCUUUCUUCUGGCUCCAGCUCCGAAGCCUCUUGGGCAGCCCCGGGGGGCUCGGUCCCGUCACCGGCGAGGAGGAGACAGCCGUGGAUGCCACCACGUAGCGGUGGCCUCUGUUGUCCCAUGUCCUUCAGCAGCUGGAAGGUGGUCUUGGGGUGCCGCUGUGUGCCAAGCAUCCCCCCUGCCUCAGCGGAGGAGUUGGGGGGUGUGUGGGGGGGAAGGUCCUCGCCAAAGUCACUCCAUCUUCUCGCUCUCCUCCAAGAGCCAGGGGAUGGGGACGGUGUCCAGGAGGUGGCAGUGUCACCCAGAGAGAGGACGUGGCGACCCUAAAUCCACCCUAAAUCCAGCGAGAGACGGCGGGGACAAGCGGUGACCCCCAAACCCCCCCCCACCCCGGCCCUACACCCCCAGCCUUACGUCGAGGUCCCUGGGGAGAAGAGCCGGGUGUCCCGGCCACCUCCGGGGGGUUCAACCCUGCUCCAGGGGGGGGACACCAAGGGACGCGCUUCCCACCCCGGGGACGCCCUUCCCACCCCGUGCGGGGUCCGGUUUGUCGGGAAAAAAGGAGAAAAUCCCCAUCAGCAGCACCCCGAGCCCCCACCCCCCCCCCACCCCAACCCAGA